GUGAGAGUUGUGCCGGAUAAGUUUCUAUCGAGUUUUACACCCAACACCCUUUAAGGGCUAGGCGGGGAAGAACCAUAUAAAAAAUAGAAAACUCAGUUUUCACCUAUUUUCACGCGGUGUCAGAGUGUCCCAUUCCGGUUUGAUGUACAUUGAUCUCAAAAAAAUGCGGGAAUAUCGACGAAGAGUUUUCAACUUAUUUCGCAUGGUUAAGAAUGUUCUGGCGUCACAUUUUUUGAGCAAAUUACCCCGAAUUUUCUAGAGGUUAAGUCGUGAUGGGACAGCCUGACACCACGCGUAUUUUCAGAAGUCUUCAAUAUUUUUGCCCAAAUUGGCUGAUCGAAAAAAAAUUUGACAACAAAUUGCCCACUCUGUGGCUUCCUGUUCCUGAGCAUGUCCCGCCUAAUUAUCCCCAGUUUUGGAGACAUUUUCACUAAACUCCUCACAAGUGAGAGCAAAAAGAUAAAUUACUUGCAGACGUUUCCAUCAAUAAUCCAUCAUUUCUUUGUAAUGGUUAUAAUGUCUUAUGUUCUUUUACUGACAAUUUUUAUGUCAUGUUUGUUAACAUUUUCUACAACAAGCACUCCUGGAGAGACAAGUAUUUUUCAAAUUCCUUUAAUUAUAUUGUCAGUUACAUGUAUAACAAUACCAGCUCUUACCAUAGUUGUCAUUAAUCAAAUGUUCCAUUUGCUGGUUUUUCUAUUAACUGUCAAGAAUUGUUGCCAGUAUUUUUUCCCAUUCCAUAUUUUCACCCGGUUUUUAUCAAGAAGAAAUUUACCAGACUUUAUCUGGUAUUUGUAUGCAUUUUUCUUUGUAAAUGAACUGAUUGGAAUAUUUCUUUACUGGGCUCAUUGGUUUAUUCUGUCGUUUGAAGUAAUUGAUGUUAUUAUUAUCUUUUAUCAAACGGCAUACAUGAUUUUGAACAUUAUUCUCAUAUUCUUAUGUCCAGUUUGCUACUUUCCGAUUAUUUUAAGUCUUUGGAAAAGUAGUAAUCUACGUUCUGAAGAGCAUAUUUAUCUUCAUAACUACAUGUUUUGGCAGAGUGUACUCGUCUUGUUCUUCAAAUUUAUGGUUAUUAUGCUAAUAAUAUUUAUAUCCACUGCAGAAAACUUAAUAAUAUAUUUAAUAGCUGGUACAAUUGCAUUUGAUGGCUUAACAACACCUAUAAUAAUUCAAAUAUCCUAUUUGGGCUGCAACAGAAAUAAUUUGAAAAUAUUAUUAACAUCGUUCAAUUUCAAAAAGUUCUUUGCAGUUAUUUUUGGGUGCACGGGACGUAAUGUGGUGCACCCACAAGUGUUUUUAGUUCCCGUUGUCACAUAA